AGUUACUUAAAAUUGAAAAUAAAACAUUAAUAAAUUAUUAUAAUAUAUUUACUGUGUAGAUAUUGAUGUUCUCGAGGCUUUCAGCAUAUUUAAAUUCAUCCCCAAAAGUGUGAGAAUUCAUUAACACCCAACGAUUGGCAUAACUUAUCCCCUAAGACAACAAUGGUUGGGUGUCUAUUUUCUAUCUUGCAAUUCCUCCUCUAUGGAGUUUGAAUUUCUUUUAAUGUAAUGAGUAAAUGAGUCUGAUCACAAAAAGGUUCCUUGCGACUUUCAUAAUUAAUUAACCAAAAAUCGGCUACUCUCUGUAAGUAGUUUUAGAGAAAAAAAUUUGUUUCGAAAUAUAAGUUGUUUUGACAAUUCAAUGUAAUUUGAUAUUUUUUGAAUACUGUGUAACCAAUAAAAUAAUACAUGUUUUUUUAUGGUUGGUUGAAUUUAAACAUUAAAUGAUACUUUUUAAAAACUAACAAAUUUUUUAAAAUUGAUGUUUUUAACUAAAACUACUUACAUUUAGAAACGGAUGGAGUAUAAUACAAACAACUAAUUUAUUAUCAGAGCAUAAUAUUAUCAGAUAAUAUGAUUGUAAGUUUUGUGAACGUCUAAUUUAUUAUCAGAGCAUAUUAUUAUCGACAAUUUCUUCACUAGUACAACAUUAUGGACAAAUGUUCUUGAAAUAUGUAUAUCUAAGCAUAUUGGUUCUCUGUUUUUUUCUCAAAAAUCUUGUCACUAGUCAAACAUUGAAUGAUUCAAGUAAUCAAGAGUAAGCUAUAAUUAAUUCGCUAAUACAGUGGAUAAUAGUAGGCCCAAAUGCUACUCGAAACGGCUCGACCCGGAAAAGACAAAAACGAUCCGGAGAGAAACCGCUAACUGUUGUUGACUUCUGGCUUCUUGUCUGAACCACACCGAAACACAAACCGUUAUUCUUUUCGACUCCUCGCAACCUCCUCCAAUCAUCGAAAAUGGCAGACAAUGGUAAAGACACGUCCAUUCUCCGCUAAGUUCAUCUCUUUGAUUUGCCUCUUUCUCAUUUUUUGUUGUUCGUUGUUUGAUGAAGUUUCACUAGAUCAGUUCUUGGCUGCCGCCAUUAAUGCAGCUCAGAAAGCGGGAGAAGUCUUUAUCUUUCUCUCUCCCUUGAGUUCGAUCGAUCUCGUGGCUGAUCAUAUAUUAAAGCUGGAUCCUUUUGGUUUACAAUUUUACAUUGUGCAGGUUAUUCGUAAAGUCUUUUACGAGACCAAACAUGUUGAACACGAAGGCCAGGUUUUUAUUAGUAUCCCUUUCUUGAUUUCUUGUUCACACAAUUAUCAUAGGCUCUCAAUAUUGGUUUCCUCUGAACAAGUAGUGGUGGGCAUUUUUCUAUAGAUACUGAAUUUGCUUUUGGUAGCUUCUUCCUUCGACUGCAUUGAUUGUUAGUAUUUUGUUUAUGGAUUAGUUCAUAGGAGAAGCAACAACAGCUGGAAAUGGUGUGACAGAAUUAGCAGAUGAACCAACUUGGAUUGUUGAUCCUGUUGAUGGAACUACAAACUUCGUUCACGGAUUCCCUUUUGUGUGUGUUUCCACUUUCCAUUGGCCUGACCAUUGGGAUGGUCCCUGUAGUUGGCGUUGUCUUCAGUCCUAUUAGCUAUUCACCGGUGUCCAAGGGAAAGGGAGCCUUCUUGAAUGGAAAACCAAUGAAAGGUUUGAAUUUUAUAUACAUACUUCUUUCACACGUUACAGAAAAGGAAAGGGAAACGAGCCUUCUUAGUCUGUACGUGUCUAUGGAAUACAUAUUUAUGUGCAAGAUGGUAAGAAAAGAAAGAAAGGAAAUAAUAAUAUUUACACAAUCACAUAAUAUUAGUCUCCAAAUCUUUAUUCCUUUUCCAACAGUAAGGAAGAUAUAUAUAAAGAUUCUUCGUAGAGAGAGAGAGAGAGCCAAAACAAAAAAUCUGCAGCUGCAAGAAACCACAAAACAUGUUUAGAUUCUUGCAAGUAGGGUUGGCUAAACCAGUUCGUGGUCUGAGUUCGAACUCGAUGCAAACUGUGGUUCGCAGUUUAUCCUCCUUGGAGGGUGUGACGUCAUCACCACCGUACCUAUUGCUUCCUAUGGAGGUUGUGGGAGAUGAUGGUGUCGACGGCAAAGUGGUAAACUUAAACUACUUCGACCCAAUGAAAAAGGAGACGGUGAAGGUUCGUAAUCAGAUAAUUCCUGAGAAGAUGUGUAGAAAGUCUAGCAAUUACAUCGGUUCGUCACGAGGCUGGGUAGCUAGUAUGAACACAGAAGAUAUGACCGUACAUGUUACAAAUAUGUUCAAUCCAACGGUGCCAAAGUCAUCGCAAAGAGUUAUCUCGCUUCCUCCCUUUGACCCUAUUCCCUCUGACUCUCAUCGUCCUUUUAACCCUUGUUGUCCCCCGAGCGGUUACGGCGCAUCUCUCUCCUCUUGUCCUGACGGAUCACAAGACUCAGACUCCUCCGUCACGUUUGCCCUCAAGUGGGACGACUCCAUCUCUUUCUGCAAUCUUGGCAAUGGAUCGAAAUGGACUCACUUGCAGCAUUCUCUCCCUCUCGAAUUCCAAAAGUCCCGUGUCUUUUUCUCCGACAAAGAUUCAACCUUUUAUCUCACUCACAACAUGCCUAUAGUCCAUGUCCGCCACCCAUCUCCCCAGUUCCAUCAACUGACUUAUUACCCACCACUAGCUUCUUCUUUUUGUCUCCCUGACAUCUCAAACACCGAGUACGAGCUUUUCAGAUGGUGUGUGCCCUACAACCAAAUGGUUCAGACUCCCUCUGGCGACUUGCUAGUCGUUAUUUGGUUUAUCCAGGUAAAGCAUGAUGGGAACCCCAUACCGUACUGGGAACAGUACGAGAAGGAGGAGGACCAUGUCGUGAAUAGUACCAAGCGGUUCAUGGUACUCAAGGUAGAUUCCGACAAUGGUUGCCAGUCGUACACGGAAGACAUAGGAGAUCUCUGCAUUUUCUACGGUCAGAACGAACUCUUUUGCGUCAAUGCCACCAAUUACCCUGGACUCAAACCGAACUCCAUAUACUUCGUCGAAUUCGGCGACACUGGUCGCAUUUACAUCUUCGAUCUCGCUACUCAGACUUUCACCGAGCUCGCCAAACUCGACAAUCUCACUGGCCCUCCUUAUUGGCUUGAUCCGACCCUUGUAUGAUUUUUUUAAUAAUCACCAAAUCUAUUUUUUUUUUAAAUCUGGUUAUCAUUUCCAAUGCUCUUUUGGUGACUUAUUGCUCAUCCGUCUUGUUCUCCUAAUUAAGCAGUAGUGCACUACUAGUUAAUUUGCAUGCAUGGACGUGCAUGGGCUUUUAGUUGUGUUUCCUAUUGAACUAUAUGAUUUUGUGUUAUACAUUCUCGGUCUUUUGUUACACUGAGCAUCCCAAUGGGAUUUUUUAUGGAAUUCUUAAAAUACAUAUAUGUGUGUAUGUAUAUAUAAAUAUUAGUAUCUAAUUGUAGGUUCUAAAAGUAGGUAUUUAAAAGAAUCCAAUUCUAAUGUCUAACUAGUAACUAUCACGGGACAGUAGGAACAAAUAAGAAAGGAACCUAUAAGAAUAAAAUUUUAGGAAUAACUAGGAACUAGAUAGAGACUUGCGCCUUGCGCGGAGUGAGAGUAUUGGGUAACUAAUUUAAUUUUGUAAACAUUUUUGGAAUACAUUAACAACAUGUAUAAUUUAUGCAUUGUUUGAGCUAUGUGGAUUGGUCUGACCUAUGUGCAUGGUUCCUUUGUUGUUCUUAUCAAUGUUAUAUUACUUUCUAUUCAAAUAAAUCAAAACCAUGUCUUCAAAAAACGUAUAUAAUAUGUGUGUUCAAUCAUAAGCACUUUUUUGUAACAUUCAUUCAUUAGCAAAUUGUAUGUUUUUAAGAUGUAGAUUAUUAUAUUUUCGUGCAAACUCAUGGCUAGUAAACGAUAUGGACCUGGUGACACAUGUAAUGGUCAGAAGAGUUGAUGGGCUCUUGAUCUGAAGAACAAAAUAUUAGCCCUAACCAAUAAAAACAAUUAGUGUCCCAAUUAUAUCUGCAACUCAUUUGUCGGCAAGAAAACAAAAACAUAUAUCUCAUUUUGAAAACUUUUCUAUCUCAUUUACAAUAUCUAAAUCUAUAAAAAUAUAGGCUGCAAAAAGUGUGAGUUAUGCCGUUAGUUGGUCUCUGUAUUUAUAGUUAUAUCAUAAAUUUAGGUUUAGAAAGUCCUCUAGAAAAUAUUACGCUGGAGAAUAUUUUUAUUAUACCAUAAAAUUCGAAUUUGCAGUAUUAUCUGAUCA